GUGUUUCCGUAUCGAAUAUCGAAAUUUUCUCUCUCCGCCAUUUCGUUCGGUGAUAUUAUUCCCUCUCUCUGUUCCCGAGUCUCCGAGUUCUGACUCACUAAGUUCAGCCAUGUCUGAAGCUGCCGUCGCUGCCGCUCCUGCGGCCAAGGCCGUGAAGGCCAAAACUGCGCCAAAGAAGGCCAAAUCAUCGCCUUCUCACCCUACUUUCCAUGAGAUGAUCACUGAGGCGAUUGUGUCGUUGAAGGAGAGAACGGGAUCGAGCCAGUACGCGAUCACGAAGUUCAUCGAGGAGAAGCACAAACAAUUGCCUCCGAACUUCAAGAAGCUCUUGCUCUACCAUCUCAAGAAGCUUGUCGCCGCCGAGAAGCUUGUCAAGGUGAAGCAAUCCUUCAAGCUUCCUUCUGCUCGCUCCGUAGCGGCCAAGGCUCCCGCGCCGGCGAAGAAACCUGCUGCGUCGAAACCGAAGGCAGCAAAGCCGGCUAAGGCGGCGGCGGCUAAGCUGAAGCCGAAGGCCGCCGGAAAGCCGAAGGCUAAAGUUGCUGCGAAGCCUAAAGCGGCCGUCAAGCCCAAGGCGGCUCCGAAGCCCAAGGCCACUGCUAAGCCCGCUAAGGUGGCGAGAACGACGUCGAGAAAGUCGCCGGGGAAGGUUGCUCCGGCGACGAAGGCGAAGAAAGCCGUUCCUGUGAAGAAGCCGAAGAGCGUUAAGAAGUCACCGGCGAAGAAGGCGAAGAAGGCGAAGAAGUGAGAAAAAUCAUUUUAGCAAGGAGUGGUGUUCUUGUAAAUUACUUGGGUGAUUUAGGAAGUUUUCAGUAAUUGUGUUAUAAGAUUAGUUCUACACGUUUUCUUUCUUCUAUUAUUAUUAUUAUUUUUUUUCCCUCUUUUGGAUGUAGUUGUAAUCUGGAAUAGUUUUGAAUGUAGAAGAACUAAUUCCCAUUUGCUAA